GUAGUGGGUCUGCGGACGCCACUCAGCCCCGUGGGGGUGCCGGGGGGCCUCUGUAAGGGGGGCACAGAGCUCCCUUUGGGGCUGAGUUCUCGAGGGGGCCACUCUCCAAGUAAAAGGGCGCCGGGGAGGUGUUAGGGGCUGUGGGGACGGCGUGAGCCUGGCUCCGGGCCUGUAGUCCCAUCCAGAAUCCAUUUUGUCGGCUUUUUUUUUUUUUUUUUUUUUUUUUUUCUUUUGCAAAUUUUGUGAGCAAAGCCAGUUUUCUGGAGGAGCUCUUGGGGAACAAACAGGUUUAAAGCAGCCUGCCCCUCACUUGGUUGUGCUACUGAGGGAGGAACGGGGAUUUGGCGUUGAGAAUAUGUCUGAAGGAGCAGCGUAGGGAGCACAGGGUUGAUUCAAGACAUCAAUAAAUUAUUACAGAGUGAAGUAGGGAUUAAAAAAAAAAAAAGUUUAGGCAUCGGAGUUGCUUAAAAAGAUAAAAAGACUGUGUGGUGGCUUCUGGAAAGUCCACCGUGGCAAGAGGGCCACCAAAGCUGGAAGUGUGGCUUCCUGUAACAAGAGCCAAACGAGGGCCACGCUGUAGGGACAUAGGUGGCCCUGCUGGGGUACUGUGCUGAAGAAAUCUGAGAGAAAAGGGGAUAGAGGACUUCGGAGCAAUCCGUGCUCGAGUUCGGAGUGGAUACACGCAGAGCAGAGGAGCUCCUCAUUAAGGAACAGCGUGCCAGGUGGAGAUGGCAGCCCUGAAACGCAGCCGCGCACAGGCCUGGCCCGAGGAGCAGGGCGACCGCGAGCACGGGCUGUACAGCCUGCACCGCAUGUUCGACAUCGUGGGCACUCACCUGACGCACCGCGAUGUGCGCGUCCUCUCCUUCCUCUUCGUGGACGUCAUCGAUGACUACGAGCGGGGCAUGAUCCGCAGCGGCAGGGACUUCUUGCUGGCGCUGGAGCGGCAGGGCCGCUGCGAUGAGACCAACUUCAGGCAGGUGCUGCAGCUGCUGCGGAUCAUCACGCGCCACGACCUGCUGCCCUACGUCACCCUCAAGAGGCGGCGGGCUGUGUGCCCGGACCUGGUGGACAAGUACUUGGAGGAGACCUCCAUCCGCUACGUGACGCCACGGGCUCACAGCGCUGCGGAACACGGCCUCGGCCACCCCCACAAAUCAGUGCCUCCCCAGCACCCCAUGGUCUGCUGCUCCUCGGCGGGGCCGCAGAUCUGCACCAAGAGGCCCGGCCGUGGCAGGGCCCUCCUCAGCAGCCAGCGCAAGCGCAGGAAGUCGGUGACUCCAGACCCCAAGGAGAAGCAGACAUGCGACAUCCGCUUGCGAGUCCGAGCCGAGUACUGCCAGCACGAGACGGCGCUCCAGGGCAACGUCUUCUCCAACAAGCAGGACCCACUGGAGCGCCAGUUUGAGCGCUUCAACCAAGCCAACACCAUCCUGAAGUCCCGGGACCUGGGCUCCAUCAUCUGUGACAUAAAAUUCUCAGAGCUCACCUACCUCGACGCGUUCUGGCGUGAUUACAUCAACGGCUCUUUGCUGGAGGCCCUCAAGGGCGUCUUCAUCACGGACUCGCUCAAGCAAGCCGUGGGCCAUGAAGCCAUCAAACUGCUGGUCAAUGUGGACGAGGAGGAUUACGAGGUUGGGCGCCAGAAACUCCUGAGGAACUUGAUGCUGCAGACGGCCCCCUGACACCCGGUGGGAUUCAAGCUCUUUUUUUUUUUUUCUGUCUUUUUUUUUUUUUUUUUUUUUU